CGAGCAAGAGAAGGAAAGAGAGAGAGAACUCUCCGGGGAUGGAAGCAGAAAAGGCUACGACUCCGCCAGCCAUGGAUAAUAGGGCUAGCCGCCUGCCGAUCACGCCAGCAGUAGCGCGAGGAUGCGAAGGACUUUGGAGCCUUAGGGAAAGAGUGUUGGGAUGGUUUGACCCGGAAGGAACUAUGAAAACCAGAGAGGGACAGAAGGCCGGCAAGGAAAGUCUGGAUAACAGUGUGGCGGGCGAGGCCAGCAGCUCCGAUGGCGGCCUUAAGAAAAUAGUGUUGUCCCUCGCGCGAGCACUAAACAAAAACCAAGGCUAUCUGGCAGACGCCAAGAAAAAGUUGACUUUCGAUGGGGCAAACAUCACGGAGUUCCUGAUCGACUACAAGAACCUAGCUGCGUUACUAAAGUGGACCGAGGAGGAAAAGAUGGACCAUCUAGGACAGCAUAUGUCGUUAAGCCUAGGGCGGGACAUAAUGGCCAUUGUAGCCACAAGCCGAUCUUGGAAGGAGACCCGGGAUGUGCUGAUGAGGAAGUACCUAGCGGCAGAGAAAAUGGCAACGGAGGCCGACCUAGCGGCAGUUCAGAGGAAGAACUUCGCAACGUACAGUGAUUUCCUACGAGAAUUUACUCUGGUAGCACUAAGGAUCCCCGGGGUCACGGACCGGAUAAUAAGCAAAUAUUUCCUCAGGCAGUUCUCCGAGUUCGACAAAGACAAGAUCCUGUCAGCCUACCAACAGACGAGCAAGUUCGUAAACACGCGGGAUGUUGAUUUUAGCACGGUAACGGAUCUGGCUGAGAAAACGGUAGUAACGGAGACGUUGGCCUUGCUCAAGAAAGGAGAGAUCAUAGAUCUGACCGGUAGGACAGGCGACAAGGUAAAAAAGGGGAUUGAAAGUCUACAUGAACGGGUGCAUGGGGUCGACAAUAAGAUUGAAAGGAUGAAAGGCGCACUAAUGGUUAUGCAAGCGCAAGUAUCCCGACCUGCCCUCCCUCCCCAGGAAGCUGUGGUCCCGCCAGGUAUAGCAAACUGGGGAUUCGGACGGAGAGAUCCUGCUAACGAGCAAUGCAAGUACUGCACCGCGAUAGGACAUUAUGUGCGCGCAUGCCCAAAGCUCAACCAUGAUAUUCUGAAAAGAAGGUGUACCAGAGGCGACGGGGGCAAUUCCGACUGUUCAUUUUUUAGGAGAAAGAUCCCAGAAGAAAGUGUUCGAAAAUACAAGCCGGUAGGAAAAAAAGCAAAACCGGUCUCGAUCCUGCUAGAGACGUCAAAGGAAAAGGCUAUGGAGAAGGAGGAAGAGGUCCUUCGAGUGAUCCGAGAAAGAAGGGCGACGGAGGGACAUCGGAUACCAGAUGAGGUAGCGGACACAAUGAAGAUAGGGAUAGACGGGUUCUUAAAUGAAGAAGAAACCCGCCUGAUGAAAAGGACCUGCCAGGAGUUUCACCUGGCAUUUGCCUUUAGUGAUCACCAGAAGGGACGAGUAGAUGCGAAGUUGAUCCCUCCGGUCAGAAUCCACACGGUAAAACAUGAGUGCUGGAAUGAUAAGGGGCCAUCCUAUGAAUUUGGGAUAGCAGGAGAAGUAACAGACCUCCGUCGAGCAAAGAUGGACUCCUUCGUUGCAGAGCCUACGACAUCGCCAUACGCAAAUCGGUGGUUCGUCUUUCGGAAGCCUAACAAGACACUAAGGUGGAUUCAGGACCUGCAGAAGUUGAAUGCGGUAACCAUCCGGGAUGCUGGCUCACUACCGCAGGCUGACUUAUUAGCAGAAUCGCACGCCGGUCGGAGCAUUUACUCCUUGAUAGAUCUGUAUUCAGGGUACGACCAGCUUCCAUUGGACGUUCGGAACAGGUCAUACACCGCUAUGCACACCCCUGUAGGCCAGCUACAGAUGCAAGUGACACCUAUGGGAUUCACAAACGCAGUGGCCGAAGUGCAACGCAGGAUGCUCGCUGUGGCCGGGGACAUGUUCCCAGAAAAAUGUGAACCUUACAUCGAUGACAAUCCGAUCAAAGGCGCGCAGGAGAAGGACGAGACGGAAGUCCAGCCGGGGAUCCGACGUUUUGUGUGGGACCACCUGCAGGACAUCAAGGAUCUACUCCGACGGUUCCUAGUAUACAACAUUACGGCUAGUGGACCGAAGAGUAUCCUAGCAGUACCGGAGGUAACUAUACUAGGAUUUCGUUGCGGUGCUUACGGCAGGAAGCCGAAGCCGGCAAAAACCGACAAGAUAUCACAAUGGUCGACACCGUUGCGCACGACAACGGAGGCCUACCUAUUUGGGAGGCGGUUCAUUUUAAGGAUUGAUCCGACGAAUGUCGCAGGGGCUCUAAAAAAUUACAGGCCUAUAGAUCCGACGGUAGGGAGAUGGGUAGGAUUCAUCUGGCAGUUCGAUUACAAGAUCGAACGGAUUGCUGGAAUCCGCAACAAGGAAGAUGGGCUAAGUCGCGUUUGCAUCACUCCCGAAGGGAUGGAGGAUGCGGAGCCCAUAGACACCUUCCUCGAAUACGAAGGAGGGGCUCUCGCGGUGGAUAACGAAAUGAUGAGCGAGGGAUGCGCAUCGGGAGAGCUAUUGAUCCAGACUUUGGAGAAGGGAGCACCUGCCGUAGUAGCAGAACUUAGGGAAGGACCAGUUGCCACUCAAGGACGCAAAGAAGAAAAAGACUCAUGGGGAGCGAUAGUAGGACCGAAAGAGGAGCUAAUGGCAAUGGCGGUCGAGGGAGGCCGGGAGGCAGUGAUGAGCUUAGUGGAGUCUUGGGAAAGGAAAGAGUUGCAAUGGGUGGUAGACCAGAUGCAGGAAGGAAAGGAUGGGGGCCAAGACGGGGAAGAGUUUUUCUAUGUCCAAUCAUACGAAGGGUUUUUUCGGGAGAUCAGGUUGUUGUUGGUAGGAAACAAACAAACUACGGAAGUCAAUAUUAAAGCAAGAGAAGAAGCCGAGAGGUACGUCAUAAGGGGCGGACAUUUGUUCCGAAGGGAGGAAGGUGCUAUGCCCAGAAGGGUUGUGUGCGGAAGAUCUAGGCAAAUAGACGUUAUCCAGGCAAUGCACGACGGGUUAGCUGGAGGUCAUCGGUCGUCCAAAGGAACACUUGCAAAGAUAACGCCGCUCUAUUAUUGGCCAGGCAUGGCAGGCAUGGUCGCCAUAUACUGCCAGACUUGCCUUAUUUGCCAAGAACGAAGCUCGGUACAAGUCUUCGAGCCGCUUAGACCAACGCGGGUGCUAGGGCCGGGACAUUUGGUCCACCUCGACCUUGCGGUCAUGCCUGUAUCAACGGAUGGGUACAGGUUAGAUGAUGAUCCGCAAAUGACCACUGAAGAAUUAAUCGAGGCAAGAUGUCAACAAAUCCUUAAGAAUGAGGAGGUCAUGGAAGACAUCGCCAGCCGGGUGCUGGACAACAGAAUGAGAGACAAAGCAAGGUGGGACCAGGUCUUGCGGAUAUACGACCCGCUCGCGCCUACGCGCGUCACUACGGAUGCGUCAGGCUAUGGCAUUGGUGCAGUCCUCGAGCAACAUGAUGGCGUGGACUGGCACCCAGUCGAGUAUUUCAGCAAGAAAGUGCCCAUCGUGCAUUCCAUUGACGAUGCACGCAAGAAGGUGCUCCUCGCCUUCGUCCACGCACUCAAGCGCUGGCGGCACUUCCUCCUUGGUCGAAGCCAAUUUCGAUGGGUAACGGACAACAAUCCGUUGGUCUUCUAUAAGACCCAAAACACCGUCAACAGCACCAUCGGUCGAUGGAUGGCUUUCAUCGACCAGUUCGACUUCUUUCCCGACCACAUUCCCGGGAAGUCGAACCGUUUUGCGGAUGCUCUUUCACAGCAUCCGGAUCAUUGUACCGCAGUCUACUCAACCUUCGAGAUCGACGAUGACCUGCGGAACAGCUUCAUCCGCGGCUACCAAGCCGACCCCGAGUUUCGCGACAAAUACGCGAAUUGCUCCUCUCCUAAUCCGACGCCUUCUCACUACCGGAUCCAAGAGGGGUACUUGCUUGUCCACACGCGGGGGAAGGACCUCCUUUGCGUACCGAGUGAUCCUCAUUUGCGUACACGGCUUCUUGGCGAGUUCCACGACGCUCCCGCCACCGGACAUUUUGGAGUCAAUCGCACGAUUGGCCGACUCCGCGAGCGAUUUUGGUGGCCCGGCCUUCUCGGCAACGUCACACGCUAUUGCGAGUCAUGCGAGGUUUGCCGACGCUGCAAAUCCCGCAAUCAUCGUCCGUACGGCGAGUUACGACCACUACCAGUCCCGUUGAGGCGAAGGGAAGCGAUUGCCAUAGACAUUACCGGCCCGUUCCCCAAGCACAAGACCGAAGUGGAUGGGAUUCUCACGGUGGUCGAUCGACUCACCAAGUUCGCCAUGUUCUUGCCUUGUCGCUAUCAUGCCAAGGCACCGCAGUUGGCCGAGAAGGACUGGGUUGAGCGGCUGCCGGAUGUCGAGUUGGCCUACAACUCAUCUAUCCACCCGUCUAUCGGGAUGUCGCCCUUUGAGUUUGAGCACGACUCGCCGGUCACUUCACCGUUGGACACUAUUACUCCACGAACGGCCGAGAGCGACGACCAUCUUCUUUUUUUGCGUCGGAUGCAAGAGCUUCUUGUCAAGGCACGCGAUCAGAUGGCUAAGACGCAGCAGCGCAUGAGCCAACAGGCCAAUCGCCAGCGUCUUCCUUGCCCAUUCCGCGCAGGCGACCUUGUUUGGGUUUCCRCAGCGGAAUUCAGCCUUGAACAAGACAUCUCUCGCAAGCUCCUCCCGAAAUGGAUGGGGCCUUGGCCGAUCGUAGCGCUCGCUGGGGACGCACCCGAAGGACCUUCCUUCACGAUUCAGCUGCCUGCCCACUUGACGGUCUACCCAGUCUUUCAUUUGUCCAAGUUGGCUCUUUACACGCCAGCGGAACAUGACGAUUUUCCCGGGAGACGUACGCAAGACCCAUCUUCUAUGGACGGUUUUCAGGAGGUCGGCGACAUCAUCUCCCAGCGAUGCUACGACAACAAGCCAACUGAGUAUUUGGUGCACUUCGCAUACUGCACACACCGAGCUGACCAUUGGUUAACCCGUGCGGAACUUCAAGCAACAGCUCCAGACGUUCUCGCACGCUAUGAACGCAAGAUGCAAGGCAAGCCGGUUUCUUCGGUUCGAUGCCGCGCCCUCGUCCAGGUUCCACCUUGAGAUCGUCGGCUUCGCCCUCGCCCCGGCUGGACUUCAUAAGGAGGGGGGGGUGUUACAUGCUGCGCCUGCACACGCAGGCCAUUUUCCAGGCCCUGCGCCCUUCAGCCAAAAAGCCUAGAAUUCAGCAUGAAAACAGGGGCCUAGAGUCCCUGUGUCGUUUCAAACUAAAAAUGGCAAAAGCCUUUUUAGCCUGAAACGAAGGGCUAUUUUCGGUCGUUCACCAGAACGACCGGCCCUGAAACUCAGGCACCAAACCAGGGUUUCGGAAACAGGCUAUUCUUAGCCUGUAUCCACGCCAGCCUCAGCAGAUGCUGUAGCGUAAAAGGGCCUUUACCCGAUAUAGGCCUCAGGCCUUGUAAAAAUAGAGCAGCACGGGCCUUGUAAAAGUAAAGCAUUGUGAAAAGA